CCUCUCCAUGGCCGCCUCCCGCCGCGGGUAUCCUAAGUGGCUGGGGUACCGGUGUCCGCGGGUCCUCCCGGCUGCUAGGUCCCACGGUUCUUGGCGCAUGAGUAUCCUCCGAGGCGGGCCCCCAUGUACUCGGGCCAUGGCGCGCCUGGGCGCUGUGCGCUCCCAUUACUGCGCGCUGCUGCUGGCCGCGGCGCUCGCUGUCUGUGCUUUCUACUACCUGGGAUCGGGCCGGGAGACCUUCUCCAGCGCCACCAAGAGGCUAAAGGAGGCCCGCGCCGGAGCCCCCGCUGCGCCCUCGCCCCUGGCGCCGGAACUGGCGCGUGGCUCUGUGGCACCAGCCCUGGGUGCCAAGGCUAAGAGCCUGGAGGGCGGCGGGGCCGGCCCGGUGGACUACCACCUGCUGAUGAUGUUUACCAAGGCGGAACACAAUGCCGCGCUGCAGGCCAAGGCCCGCGUCGCGCUCCGCUCCUUGCUGCGCCUGGCCAAGUUCGAGGCUCAUGAGGUGCUUAACCUGCACUUCGUGAGCGAGGAGGCCAGCCGCGAGGUGGCCAAGGCCCUGCUGCGGGAGCUUCUGCCGCCCGCCGCCGGCUUCAAGUGCAAGGUCGUCUUCCAUGAUGUUGCUGUGCUGACGGACAAGCUCUUUCCCGUGGUGGAGGCCAUGCAGAAGCACUUCAGUGCUGGCUCCGGGACCUACUACAGCGACUCCAUCUUCUUCCUCUCAGUCGCCAUGCAUCAGAUCAUGCCCAAAGAGAUCCUGCGGAUAAUUCAGCUGGACCUAGACCUAAAGUACAAGACCAACAUCCGGGAAUUGUUUGAGGAGUUUGACAAUUUCCUGCCCGGCGCCAUCAUUGGCAUCGCAAGAGAGAUGCAGCCGGUAUAUAGGCACACAUUCUGGCAGUUCCGCCACGAGAACCCCAAGACCCGGGUUGGGGACCCACCCCCCGAGGGGCUACCUGGCUUCAACAGUGGGGUGAUGCUGCUAAACCUGGAGGCCAUGCGCCAGUCCCCACUGUACAGCCGCCUGCUGGAACCAGCACAGGUGCAGCAGCUGGCCGACAAGUACCACUUCCGGGGCCACCUCGGGGACCAGGACUUCUUUACCAUGAUCGGCAUGGAGCAUCCUGAGCUCUUCCACGUGCUGGACUGUACCUGGAACCGGCAGCUUUGCACCUGGUGGAGGGACCACGGCUACAGUGAUGUGUUUGAGGCCUACUUCCGGUGCGAGGGCCACAUCAGGAUCUACCAUGGGAACUGCAACACCCCUAUCCCAGAGGACUAGGUACAUUCUUGCCCACGGGCCCUCAGGUCUCUGGAUCUGGGGGAAGGCAACCUCUGAGGCUCCCAGGUGGUGUCUGAACCCUUGAGAGACACUGCAGGGACCCUUUGUGACCAGGUGCUGCCCCUCUCCCACCCUGUGGGUCACUGCCCUGAGGCCACCCAGUGAUGACUGGCCUGCACAUUGCUGGUGCUUGGGGACUUUUCCUCGGAGACAUUUCCCCGUGGGCUAGGAAGUAGGUGUUCAGAGAGAAGAAAGGAAAGAAAACCAUGCCCUUUGACCUUAGCCCCCAAAGAAUGCAAAUUUUUUAAGAAAAAAAUUUGCCUUUCUUGGACCAAAUAUAAAUUUGUUUUAAGUUGAUAGGCUUCCAUUUAGAGAGAAAGAACAAACAGAACUUCUGCAGCUCCCAGUGAGCUCCGAACCAGUGAGCCAGGGUUUUAACAGCCGGCCCCGAUGUUAAACAUCCCAGCAAAGGCCGCCCUUCCACGUGUGCACCCAGGAGGCCGUGCUCACUCCCAUGAUGCUCAGGUGGCCUGCUGCAGGCGGGAAGAUCGCCACCUCUUUACCGGCUGUGGCCCUCAUCACAAAGCUGGCCUCAUUACUGCCGCCUUCACAGGUCUUACCUCCCAGCCGCACCACACAACCUCACUAUCCCUUAUUCAUCCAUGCAGCUCCAGGCGAUCAGACUGUGCUCGGAAAUCAAAUCUGUCAUCAAAGAACAGAGGUGGGCCACCCCCAAGGACAUACAAUAGAAUUGUCCUGACCGGGAAGGCUCCUUCCGAAGAGGAGCCCAGCCGUGCGCGAGUGUGACUGUGUGGCUCUGACGGGCCACCCUUAGUCUUGUAAGCAUUCCAGUCUCCAUCUGAAGAAAUCAUGCUCCCGACUUCCUCCUUGCACCACAUCAGACCUGCACCUUCGAAAAAAUGAGGAUAUAUUUUUUAAAGUUCUUCUUUAAAUGAGUUCUCCUAUAAGUGAACUGCAAACCGGAAGCCCCUGGGGUCUAUUUUGUGGAGCCCAGUUGAAGUCCUUGGGGAAGAAAUGUUGUUGGAUUUGGAUUUUCCAUCUUACUGUCUUUCAAUUUCAUUUACUUUUUUCUUUUCAUUGUGAGUGAGAAUAGCUAAUAAAGAAUCGUGGAGAACA